UUUUAAUAAUUUUCUAGAAUAUAUCAGUAUCAGCUGUAAUUUUAAUAGAUAUUAAGUUGAGAGUACAAUAUGGGUAUACACGAGUUCGAGUAACGAGAUCGGCAACAGAGUAAUAUUGUAACCAGUUACUCUAACUUGUGAGCACACCUGAUUGUAUCGAUUUGUUAAGGACAGGUGUUUAAAACAGCGGUAUUUUAUUGAAUUUCUAAAUUAUUGUGAAAAUAUAAUAAUCUGAUAUAAAUAUCACGAUUAUUUCGAAAUUAAGUUAAAAAGACGAUGAAAUUUGUUUGCAAACCAAAUUUGCAAACCGAAUAUGUGCUUUGCUAUACACUUUGAAACAAGGUUGGCAAACUUCAUUUUGAUUUAUUUUCUACAGCGUUCAUAUCAACAGCGGAGCAAGUACAGAGUGCAAAACAAUAAUCGAAACUGAAGAAAUUGAGGAAAUGCGAGCAAUAAUGAAAAGUGAAGCAAUUGCGCUUAUGGUAAUAGCAACAUGUCUUGAAGAGCGAAAAAACAAAAGAAAAAGAAGAAUUUGGGCAAAGACAUGGCUUCAAAAGCGAGAAAAAUUUUCUCAUGUAAAGCUUCUGAAGGAAUUAGAAACUUCUUGUAUUGGAGAUUUAAAAAAUUUUUUAAGAAUGGAUAAUAACAAUUACACUGAACUGCUUUCUAUGGUGCAACCUUUAAUAAUAAAACAAGACACAUUCAUGAGAGAUGCUAUUUCUCCCCAUGAGAGACUAUCCGCAACCUUGAGAUUUUUGGCUUCGGGGGGAACUUUUCAGGACUUGAAGUUCUUGACUGGGAUAUCUCCACAUAGUUUAAGUAAUAUAGUUAUUGAAACCUGCAACGCCAUAAGAACAACAUUGAAAGAAUACAUUCAGAUUCCUAAAAAUGAGCAGCAGUGGAAAUCUAUUGCCAAAGGGUUUGAAACACAGUGGAACUUCCCGAAUUGCAUAGGUGCUAUUGACGGAAAACACGUAGCAAUAAAAAAACCACCAGGAACAGGAUCUUAUUACUAUAAUUAUAAGAAGUCUUUUAGCAUCGUUUUAAUGGCUGUUGUAAACUCAAAUUAUGAAUUUAUUGCUGUCGAUGUGGGGGCAAAUGGAAGGGCUUCGGAUGCUGGAAUGUUCUCAAAAACGAAAUUUAAACAAAAACUCGAUGAAGACGAACUAGCCAUUCCCAAUCCAGACGCUAUUCCGUUUAAUGAAAAUAUGUUUCCUUUCGUUUUUAUUGGAGAUGAUGCAUUCCCCUUAUUGGAGAAUUUAAUGAAACCUUACAGCCACACAAAUAUAAGCGAUGAAGAGCAUGUAUUUAAUUACAGAUUGUCCAGAGCAAGACGAGUAGUGGAGAACGCCUUUGGGAUCUUAGCAAGUCGGUUUCGCGUACUCGCUAACAAAAUUAAUUUAGACCCACAUAAAACUGCAGUCAUUGCUAUGACCUGCUGCUACCUGCACAACUUUUUAAUGAGCAAAAAUCGAAGACAUUACCUUAGGGACAGUGUUGAUAUAGAAAAUACUCAAACAGCAGAAUUGCAACCAGCACAUUGGCGAAGCUGUUCUCAAUUACCAAAGUUACAAGCAUUAAGAGGAGGAAACUCAUCAAACACGGCAAAAGAUGUUCGUAGUAUGUAUAAAAACUAUUUCAAUGGAGAAGGAGCAGUACCGUGGCAAUACGAGCAUGUUACAAGCUUGACACGUUCUAUAUAUAAACGUGGGAAUUCCGAAAUUUAAUAUCCAACUUCAAUGUAUACUUAAACUUUGUUAUAUACAUAUCGUUAGUAAUAAAAAUAUCAUACUU